AUGUCAUCCGAGCACCUGUAAAUUGCCGUGUAUUUGACCAAAGUCUCGGUCUGAGUCAUUUCGAGCGUUUUUCUAAUGAAUCACAACAAUGACGUUAGCCGCGCGCCAUUUUUCAAACCAGACCAACACGAAAUUCCCCCAGUUGGCCGAAAAGUUACCAAAACAUAACCGUGUUAAAUUAACUCUGAUAAGUAACAAAACAAUUGUGAUAAUGUGAUAAAAUGUAGUUAACACAGUUAGUAUUAUUUCGUACGCAAAAUAGUGAUUUCUGUGCUAGUUUGAGGAGGGGCAGUUGAGGUUAUGUUACCAUGUCUCGAGAGACCAACUCGGAGACUCCGCUCCAAGCCAGGCGCAAAAACGAGUAUUACCGCAGCAUUUUCAACAAAUAUGACCGGGACCAUGACGGUUUUAUCAACGUUGGGGAGCUGAAUGACUUGAUUGAGAGCCGGGAAUAUGACCACGAUAUUCCAGAACAUGUCGUCCGGAAAAUCCACCAAAUGGCCGACCAAAAUCACGACGACAGAAUUGAUUUUUCGGAAUUUGUUGAAAUGAUCAACCACCCGGACUUCCAGUUCGUUUUUGGACACUAUGUCAACAGAUACAUCCAAAUGGUGGUGCCCCGAAGACGGGGCGCUAGUGAAGUCGACGGGGUGUACGAUGACCAGUACUCCUGUUACCCCCCGGCUGUCGGCAUGAUCAUUAUUUCGCUAAUUGAGGUUAUAUUUUUCUGUGUGGAUGAGACAAUUGAGGCAGACUCGACCAAAUCGGCCUCGGGCCCCAUCAGUUCUGUGUUUAUUUAUGAUCCGUAUAAAAGACAGGAGGCUUGGAGGUUUAUCACUUAUAUGUUUGUCCACGUUGGGGCUUUUCAUUUAUUCGUCAAUCUUUUGGUGCAAAUCCUACUGGGGACCCCUCUAGAAAUGGUGCACAGGUGGUGGCGAGUCUUACUCAUCUACUUCGCGGGGGUCCUCGCUGGGUCUCUUGCAACCUCAAUCGCGGAUCCCACUGUGAGACUUGCGGGGGCCAGCGGUGGGGUCUACUCCCUCAUCACAGCCCAUAUAGCCACCAUAAUCAUGAAUUGGAGAGAAAUGUCUUUCCCCAUUGUCCAAUUAUUUAUUUUUUUGAUAAUCAUGGCGUCUGAUAUUGGGACGGCUAUCUACAACCGGUAUUUCCUCGAAAUGGACGAACAUAUUGGUUACAUGGCACACUUUGCGGGGGCUCUCGCUGGCCUUUUAGUGGGGCUCAAUGUCUUACGGAACUUGGAAGUGACAACGGCAGAAAGGGUUAUUUGGUGGGUUUCAAUAGUGACAUAUUGCGUGCUAAUGGCAAUUGCAAUUAUCUGGAAUUUCGCCUGGCCAGAGUAUUUUUUGAAAAUUCGGGAACGGAAUUGAGGUUAAGUGCGGAAAAUCACACAAAAAUGCGACAGUUUUAGUAUUUUUUUAUUUUUAAGUACGGAUUAGGUACAAAGAGACCAGUAUUGUAGCUAGAGAUUGAUUUUUCGUAUUAUUAUUGUUUCUACAUAAAGUGAGGUUAUGUCAUCAAAUAACAACAAAAUAUUUUAUUUAAGCGUCUUGCGAUGACUAAAACAGACCUGUAAUCGCGUUUUAAACCUAUAGUAUUAAGUUGAGUCGCCCCGUAAUGUUAUUUGUGUAAAAACCUCGCUAAAAUUGAAAGUGAGGUUAUGUUUGACAAUCCACGAAAAAUACUAAUUGUAGAAAUUGCGGUGCCUUUCUAGCACAAAACGCCCAAUAUUUUUAUAUUCUACUUUAUUACGUCCAAAUAUUUACAAUAAAAGACUUGUUUGCAUAAGUAAA